UCCCUCCAUCCUCCUCCUCCUCCAUCAUCUCUGUGUCCGGCUGCUGUUGGCUCGUUGCUGCUGUCAGGAUGGGAGAUAAAGGAACCAGAGUGUUUAAGAAAGCCAGUCCCAAUGGAAAGCUCACCGUCUACCUUGGGAAGAGAGACUUUGUGGACCACGUGGACCUGGUGGAGCCUGUUGAUGGCGUCGUCCUGAUUGACCCAGAGUACUUGAAGGAGAGGAAAGUGUUCGUGACUCUGACCUGUGCGUUCCGGUAUGGCCGUGAGGAUUUGGACGUCCUGGGGUUGACAUUUCGUAAAGAUCUGUUCGUGGCAAACAUUCAGGCGUUCCCUCCGCUGCCCGAGGAAAAGAAGAGUCUGACACGCCUCCAAGAACGGCUGAUGAAAAAACUGGGAGAGCACGCCCAUCCGUUUACCUUUGAGAUUCCUCUGAACCUGCCGUGCUCCGUCACCCUGCAGCCGGGCCCAGAGGACACCGGGAAGGCCUGUGGGGUGGACUUUGAGGUGAAAGCUUUCUGUGCAGAAAACGCUGAAGAAAAGAUCCACAAAAGGAACUCGGUACGUUUGGUGAUCAGGAAGGUGCAGUAUGCUCCAGAGAAACCCGGCCCUCAGCCCACGGCAGAGACCACCAGACAGUUCCUGAUGUCAGACAAACCUCUACACCUGGAGGCGUCUCUGGACAAAGAGAUCUAUUACCACGGAGAGCCAAUCAGUGUCAACGUCCACGUCACCAACAACACAAACAAGACGGUGAAGAAGAUGAAGAUCUCAGUUCGACAGUACGCAGACAUCUGCCUCUUCAACACGGCUCAGUACAAAUGUCCGGUGGCCACUGAGGAGUCUGAUGAUGUCGUUGCUCCCAGUUCGACUUUCUGUAAAGUCUUCACUCUGACUCCGUUUCUGGCCAACAACCGAGAGAAACGAGGCCUGGCGCUGGACGGGAAACUGAAGCAUGAGGACACAAACCUGGCCUCCAGUACUCUGUUGAGAGAAGGAGCCAAUAAGGAGAUUUUAGGCAUCAUUGUGUCUUACAAAGUCAAAGUGAAGCUGGUCGUGUCCCGAGGCGGGCUCCUGGGAGACUUGGCAGCAAGUGACGUCUCUGUGGAGCUGCCUUUCACAUUAAUGCACCCAAAGCCGCUGGAGGAAUCCCUCUACAGAGACGCGGCAGACGAAGCUCCAGUCGACACAAACCUGAUCGAGUUUGACACAAAUGAUGAUGACAUCAUCUUCGAAGACUUUGCACGCCAGCGGCUGAUUGGUGCAAAGGACGAUAAGGAUGAAGAUGAGGAGCCGGUGGACUCGCCCAAACUGGACGACAGAUAAAGACCUUGAGCGUCACCAUUGCACCACUGCUGUUGAUGUUUAGCCACUAUUGUAUUGUGGAGCUAACAGAGGUCACCUUUAGGUAAAACCACAGUCUGGACACCCUUAAAACGGCAGGCGGUGCCGUGUUUGUGUUCUCGUUCAUGUUCUUCCUCUCUCUGCUUCUUGCCGGGUGUAAAAAGCUAGAGUACUGCAGCCUAGGACUCAGUCGUGUUUUCAGACGAAGCAGAUCUCCCCUCUUCCACCAACCGGCCGCAGACCUGGUCUGGUGGACGCCGCGUCAUAACGGGGUUCUGGUAGCAUGCCUCCAAUGUCACCUUGUUCUACAUGUUUCCAUUAGGGACCUGACAGGUCGAGUCGAGGUUGUUUUUGAUGUGUCGUAUCAGACAAACACCAACACUGCCAGCUUUGGUUGAUGUGGACCGGUCCAGCACUUGAGCCACAACAUGGACUCCCGCUGACCCUCAUUAACCAUGUGAAUACAAGGCUGCAGAGCAUGAAGAAACGCCAGAACCAGAGUCAACCACAGGACUUCACUUGGCAGGACCUGAACCUGUUUGAGAGCCACCAAUCAGCCUGACAAACUGGGGACCGUGUGUGCAUGACAUACUUUA